GUAUGUAUGCAUGAUCUGAACAUUCAUGCAUACUUCAUCUCAGAAUAAGUUUGUAGAUACCAGCAAGUUCGAGCAAAUUCGAAAUGCAACAUAUAAACUUCAGAUCUUCCUUACAAGUGCAAUAAUUUAUUAAGAUCAACAUUCUAGUUUUAUUGGUAAUCGAUCUUGUUGGGAGAACCGCUUACUUUACUACACCCUAAUUUGUUUGUAUGCGAUGUGAAUGCGGCAAACUGAUACUGUCGAAAUUAUGCACACUAAAUGCAUUGAUGUUCUCGUAUGCUGUACAAACAAGCAUAAAUAGUUUACUGCUUAAAUGGUUGCUGUGUUGUGAAAGUUAAGGAGAAUGUCAAAUGCGAAUUUGUUAUUUGGUGGAGAUUUGUACGGCUACGAGUUUGAGUGGUUUGAAGAUGUCGCGCAAGAAGAAACUGUUUCGGGAUCUCGUUCUUCGUUGUGUAUUCCGGCUGACAUGGAUCUGCCAAUGAAUAAUAAUCUGCAGGUACCGCUUCCUGUUAAAUGGCCCGUUGGUGCACAUUUCCUGGCAUUUCUAUCUCAAGCGUCAACGUUGUGAAGCCAGAAAUUCGACAUGGUGACGUAAAGGUCAUCACUGCUCUACAGCAGCAUUUGGCGCGCCAUAAUGCGCUGCAAGACGCGUUUGAUAGCAGUUUAGUGCUAAACAGAAAUCCUAUUCCUUCCGGAUUGAGAAAGCAUGGAGCAUUUACAAUACUCCCAAACACAAAACUGUCCACAAUUACAGCGCUUGACGAUCUUAUGCUUCAUACAAACUUGGAAUAUAGUUCAGAGUUAAAUGAUUCCGCUCAACAUUUGUCGUCUCCAAAACACUGUCCAGACUUAGUGCGGCCAGUGGUGACCUCAACGACUUCAUGGACGCGCAAUCCAAUGUUAUGGUCUAAUAAAACACCAAAGCCCAGGCGUGGAAUAUCCCGCAGAGCGGUAUUUUCUGAUCUACAACGUCAGCGUCUGGAAGAUCGAUUUCAGACGCAAAAAUAUAUCAGCAAACCAGACAGAAAAAAGCUAUCCGAGACACUGGGGUUAAAAGAUUCCCAGGUUAAAGUUUGGUUUCAAAACCGCCGAAUGAAGUGGAGAAAUAGCCAAGAAAGGGAACUACUAAUUUGCCGAAAUCGUGCUAAAAACACUGACGAAAACACCAGAAAACUGCUAAAGAAAGGUCACCAUGAUUUUGAGGAUCAACCACAAUGGAACUGAUAAUACUUAUGACCAAGUCUGGCUUUGGACCGUAUUGAAUGAAUAGAAAGGAGGAUAACCAGAAGAAUCCAAGCUUUGAAUUGCUACGGUGUUGCACUUGCCACUAACUUUGGAGUUUCAGGAAGAGGCCAUAGUAACUUAAUAAUAAAUAAAGCUAAGUUAGGAUUUGGACCGUUUUGUGUUUAUGUACUAACUCUCACAGUCAGUAUAAUAUA